AAAUCAGCAGCUCCGAGAUGGAGCUCAGUGACAUGGCCCGUAACAUUGUGGCAGACGACUCCUGACCAUUUGCAGCAAUCACCAGUUGCCCAGGACUCAAGCCAGUCGGAAGAGUCGACCAAGCCCUUUUUGAGAUCCAAAAGAGCCCGCCUUUCAGUAGGCUGGCAGGCCAGCACGAGGCUUCCAUAGGUGAAGCUGCUGAUUGCCAUGAAGAAGAACAACCAGCAGAAGGGCAGUAAUACUGCUGCAGCAGGGGUACUACGGAC